AUGGUUGCUCUGUCAGCGCAAAAUAAUCCAACGGUUAUGGAGAGUGUAGUAGUGGCUGCUGCAAUGCAGGGGCAAGAUAUAAGUCCAGAACAAGCCCAGUUUAUGGAAAACUGCUCCUUCACCAAUAACUACAGAAGCAACCACAUGCCUAAUUAUUAUCAUCCAGGAUUGCGCAACCAUGAAAAAUUCUUUUAUGCUAAUAACAAAAAUGUGCUACAACCACCUCCAGGAUUCAAUUCUCAACAACAACAAGAGAAAAAGCAAUCAUUGGAAGACAUUUUGGGCACUUUUAUUAUGGAGUCUAACAAGAGGUUUGGAAAAAAUGAAGCAAGACUCGACAAUAUAGAAACCCAUAUGACUAACAUGGGUGCUUCAAUGAAGAAAAUUGAGACUCAAGAAUCAUGCCAAGCAGUUUCUUUGAGAAGUGGUAAGGUGCUUGAUGAGGGCAAUGUUCAAGAAUGUUCAAAGGAGAAAGUUGAGCCAGUGGUACGAGAGGUAGACAAGGAAGAGCAAGCCAAGAAGCAGAGUGGAAGUGACAAGACUGGCACGAAGAAAGAUAUCCUUCCAAUGUAUCAACCUCCCAUUCCUUACCCUCAACGAUUUCAGAAGAACAAAUUAGAUGAACAAUUUGCAAAGUUUCUAGAAAUCUUCAAAAGAAUUCGCAUAAACAUUCCAUUUGCAGAUACUCUUGAGCAAAUGCCCAAUUAUGUUAAAUUCAUGAAAGAAGUCAUGUCAAAGAAAAGAAGAUUACAAGACAUUGAAACUGUGAAGCUAACAGAAGAAUGCAAUGCCAUCUUACAGAAAAAUUUGCCUCAAAAGGUGAAAGACACUGGUAGCUUUACUAUACCAUGCACUAUUGGAGGGUCAUCCUUUGAUAAUGCAUUAUGUGAUCUUGGAGCGAGUAUUAAUUUGAUGCCACUUUCAGUUUUUAAGAAGUUGGGGGUAGGAGAGGUGAAGCCCACAACCAUUCUCUACAAGAAAAAAGGCUUUUAA